AUGGCUUCCAAAGCACUCGCGGUCAUUGCCGGCGUCGGCCCUGGCACGGUACGGUCUACGGCGCCUCAAUUGCCAGGAAAUUUGCAAAAAACAUACUCCGUUGCAGUUCUGGGUCGAAACCCAGACAACUAUAACCCAAUCGUUCAAGAAAUCAAUUCCAGCGGCGGCCAGGCCAUCGGCAUCAGCGCCGACGUGUCCGACUCUAAGAGUGUCAAUGCCGCAUUCGAUAAGAUUCAAGCGCAGUAUCCUUCCUCAAAGGUAGCUGCUGCUGUUUUCAAUCCAGGUGGUGGCUUCGUAGUCAAGCCAUUCCUCGAGCUAACGGAAGAAGAUUACUCGAUUGCACUCAAGUCCCAGGCGCAGGGCGCCUUCAAUUUUGCCCAACGGGCUAUUCCGCUGCUCCUACAAGCUCGCGAAUCGUCGGAGUAUCCGCCCACACUGAUCUUUACAGGAGCUACUGCUAGUCUUAAGGGUUCAGCUAAAUUUGCUGCUUUUGCUUCGAGCAAGUUCGCCCUGCGUGCGCUAGCGCAGUCUCUUGCUCGUGAGUUUGGGCCGCAGGGCGUACAUGUCUCGCAUACUGUUAUUGACGGUGUCAUUGAUAUCCCACGUACCAAGGCCUGGGUAUUUGAGCAUGAAGAUGCAAAAUUAAGCCCGGACGCUAUUGCGGACUCAUAUUGGUAUUUGCAUACCCAGCCACGCACGACGUUUGCGUUUGAGUUGGACCUGCGACCUUAUAUUGAGAAGUGGUAG